UGAAUUGCAGCAAUGAACUCAAUGAACGUUCACGAGUCAGUGUGUCGACGUCUGGUCGGGUUUUGUUGUCGCUGAAAAAUCUGCGCGUGGUUACAAGUUCUUGAUAAAUGAACAUUUUCCACUGUGUAUUCACAGCAUCUGUGUGUGAGGCAGAUAUCGUUACAAAGCAGCAUCCGUAUCCGAUAAAAGUUAAAGGUCUAGAAACAACCCGCACGUUUGUACGUCUCGAUGGAGAUUCGAACUACAUCUCGCGCAGAUAAUUAUGUAGAAAGCAAUAAGGCCUGUCGAUCUCGAGACAGUUCACCCUCAUAUUUCUGUAUUAUGUAACCUCUCUUUAGGAAUGAAGGAGCAUUCCAAGGGCAUCGCUAUGGAUUCCUUUGGACGGGUGGAGUUCCUGCAGGCUCUGGGAGAGGGUUGUGUGCUGCCCACUGCCCAGCAAGGUGUGGAGCAAGUGUGGCAGCUCCUGCUGGUCUGCCUAUUGUGCCGGGUCAUCUGCAGACUAGGUGUCUCGCCUCAUGUGAAGCAUCUGAGCUCACUGGCAGGUGGCCUGUAUGUGCUGUAUGUGUUCUUUGAGCUGCACAUGAUGUGGGUGAUUAUCCUGAGUCUCCUGUGUUACCUUAUCCUGCUCCUUUGCAUAAACUCCAGCAGCAAAGGGGUCUUCCUCUCCCUUGUCAUCCUCAUCUACAUGCUGAUGGGUGAGCUACACAUGAUAGACGCAGCAACCUGGCAUAAGAUGAGAGGCUCUCAGAUGGUUGUGGCCAUGAAGGCUAUCUCUCUGGCCUUUGACCUUGAUCGAGGUGCUGUGUCCUCCUUUCCCUCCCCGCUGGAGUUCAUCGGAUACCUCUGCUUUGUGGGAACCAUUAUCUUUGGCCCAUGGAUCAGUUUCAACAGCUACACAAAUUCUAUUAAUGGCCGCAAAAUGAGUGUUGCCUGGUUUGGAAAGAUUGCUCUGAGCUUUCUGAGGAGUCAAAUCUGCUUGGUUAUUUCCAACUGUAUUGCUCCUUAUCUCUUUCCUUACUUCAUUCCCAUCUAUGGAGACGGACUUUCUCGUAGGUGGCUUCACGCUUAUGAAAAUGCAGUGUCCUUCCACUUCAGUAAUUACUUUGUCAGCUACUUGAGUGAAACAACCACUGUAAUGGCUGGAGUUGGAUUCUCUGAGCACAAAGACAACCUCAAAUGGGAUAUCACAGUAGCUAAGCCUCUGAAUGUGGAAUUGCCGAGGUCCAUGGUGGAAGUUGUUACUUCUUGGAAUCUACCCAUGUCGAAGUGGCUAAAUGCAUAUGUUUUUAAAAGUGCACUCAGACUUGGAACAUUUCCUGCUAUUUUGGUGACCUACACAGCCAGUGCAUUAUUACAUGGUCUCAGCUUCCAUCUUGGGGCAGUGCUGUUGUCUUUGGGUUUCAUCACUUAUGUUGAACAUGUUCUGAGAAAACGGUUGGCAGCAAUUUUCAAUGCCUGUAUACUGUCGAAGCGCUGUCCAAGUGACUGCCAUCACCAAAAUAAGAAGACUGUGUGGGUGUAUGGUGUUAACCUGUUCUUCAGUGCACUAUCAAUAUUCCAUCUGACAUAUCUGGGCUCACUGUUUGACUCUGAAAUGGACAACAUGAAUGCAGAGGAGGGAUACAUGGCUAGUCACACCAUUCAGAAAUGGUCGGAGCUGAACUGGGCCAGCCAUUGGGUGAUGCUUUGCUGUUUUGUGUUUUAUUGGCUCAUUUAAAGGGCAGAGUAUAAGAUUUGAUUUACUAAUCAGAGGACUGAAACUGAACCCUUAAAGAUGUGGGUGCUUGUGGACAAGCCUUUAGCUGCUGAGAUCCUAUGGACUGCAGUUUUCAACACAGUUGCCAGAGUUACCACAUCUACCCUGCUGUCUUUCACCUGGAGAAGAGCAUCAUGGAUUAAGUGCCUUAUGACUUAUGUUGUUACAAGAAUCAUGUUUUGAUAAUGUUAGAGUACAUAUUCUUUUUAUUUUGAUUUGGAUUAGGUACAGUUUUGGAUUAAGCAAAUGGAUGAAAAUGAUAUCACUGCGCAAUGUAUGUGUCAAGUAUUAUUUGUAUCUUUUUUGUUAGUUGUUACUUUGAAUGGCUUCAUAUAGUGGACAACAGAUUCUGUGUGACCAUGUAUGUUAUUGUCACUUGUAUAGGAUAUGUCCUGAGGCUGUAAACAUGUUUUGUAGUUUUACCAAAAGGUGUAGUUUAGGUCUGACAAUUAUAUUCUUAUUUUUUUCUAAUAAAAUUGCCUCAUUUCUUAUGAUUAGCCAUUUACUUAGAUAUUUGCCUGUUUGGGCACUUUUUAUUAUUUUAACUACAGGGACAGUCCCCUUGGAACUAAUUGGAUUGAAGUGCCUUAUUUAGGGCACAAUACUUAGUUGAUAGAGCAGCCUGCAUUGUGGCAGUAUCAUGGUACAGGAAUGGUGUCACUUACCAUGGUACUUUGAUAAAUACUUUGGUACUAAAUUAUUUCCUAUUCAUGUAUGUACAAAGUACUUUAAAGAAAACCAUUAUUUCCCAGGUACAUGUUCAAAACACAUGGUAGUACCAUUUUUGUGUGGGUUUUGGUGUGUAUCGUUUUUAUAAAGAGAUAAUGCAUGAAGGGGAGAGCCUUGGUAAAUAAAUCAGACUUGAUAAUUCAUGUAAUCAAUCUGAUACAAGCAGAGUUUUAAGUCAGAGCUUAGAACAUCAGAGCCCUUUUUAUGCAAUAUAAAUAAAUUGUGUGUGUGUGUAUAUAUAUAUAUAUAUAUAUAUAUUAACAGUAUUUUUUAUUGCACAUUACAAAACAGUGUAAUGGCACUGUAUAAGACAAAUACAGGGAAAACAGUUUGAAAAGGCAAAAAAUCGAGAGGGGAAAAAAGGUCAUAUCUUACAAAUGUGACAUUUUUGCCAUCAUUAAAAAGUUUAGGAGACUAGAAUAUGAGAUAUUUAAAUAAAAAAGAUCUCGAAUCUGGACAAAGAAUCAGGAAAUUUGUUCUUCUGAAUAAAACAUUUACACUUGA